AUGAUUCAAGCCUCUACUCAUGAUGUUUGUUCACCUCUUAUUGCUGAAGUUUAUGCACUUCUAUUUGCUGCUAAAAUCUCUUGCAGGCUUCAACUUCAGCAAGGCUCUUUUCUCACUGACAAUCUUUCAUUAGCAAAGAUGGCUGCUUCAAGAGAUAUCAAUAACACCAACAUCAGCUGGAGGUGCAGACAACCAAUUAGCGAGUUCUUUCAAAUCUCCCAUUCUCUUAAUGCUGUUUAUCACAUCUCUAGGAAUACCAAUGGAAUUGCUCACAAUUGUGCUCAUCAGGUUCUCAACUCGAGAGUAGAACCUGUCUUUAGUUGUUCACGUUCCUCUCAUGCCAAUGUACCUUGCCCUUUUCUGCAGUCCCUUCUCAAUUUUCAAGUUCAGGGCUAUGUAACUCAUGCUGUACAUUGUCUAUGA